AUGAAGCUGCCGCUCUUCGCGCCGCACGACGAGGACAAGCUGGGCGGCAGCGACGGCGGCGGCGGCAGCAGCGCGGCGUCCCCGCUGGCGGCCGAGAGCGAGCUGGGCUCCGACGGCGACUGCGCCGCCUUCAGCCCCGCCGGCGGCCCCUCGGGCGGGCCGGGCUCGGCGCCCUCCCCCCGGGCCGCCCCUCCCCCGGGGGCGCCGGGGGGCGGCAAGGCGGGGGGCAAGCCCUACACGCGCCGCCCCAAGCCGCCCUUCUCCUACAUCGCCCUGAUCGCCAUGGCCAUCCGCGACUCCGCCGGCGGCCGCCUGACGCUGGCCGAGAUCAACGAGUACCUGAUGGGGCGCUUCCCCUUCUUCCGCGGCGCGUACACCGGCUGGCGCAACUCGGUGCGCCACAACCUCUCGCUCAACGACUGCUUCGUCAAGGUGCUGCGCGACCCGGCCCGCCCCUGGGGCAAGGACAACUUCUGGAUGCUCAACCCCAGCUCCGAGUACACCUUCGCCGACGGCGUCUUCCGACGGCGCAGGAAGCGGCUCAGCCGGCCCGGCCCCGCCGCCGCCCCCGCCCCGGCCUCCCCGCCGGCCUCGCCGGCCCCCGGCCCGGACUGCGCGCCUCCGGCCCAAAAGCACGGCUCGACGGCGAGCGGCGCCUCCUCCCCGCCGCCCUCCGGCGCCAGGUUCAGCAGCUCCUUCGCCAUCGAGAGCCUCUUGAGCCGGCCUUUCACACCCUCCGAGCCCCGCCGCCCCGCCCCGCCGGCUGCCGAGCGGGCCGGGCUGUGGUCCGCCCCGUCGGGCUACCCUCGCCUUCUCCCCCACUCCAGCCUGCCCUACUCGCUCCUCCCCCCCUUCCAGCCCGCGGCGGCCUCCCCUCUCUACCCCUUCGGCCUCCCCGAGCCCCUGCGGCUGGAAGGACCCCGGAGAGAGCCGCGGACCCCAGGCGACCCCCCGCCGCUCUUCCCUGCAAAGUCCCCCCCGCUGCCCCUGACCGCUCCCCCUUGGGACGCCUGGCGGGGGGUCCCGCUCGCCCCCUCGCAGUUCUACUGCCCCCUCCGGCUGCCGGGCUCGCUGCAGCAGCUCGCCUCCUACCGGCCUGGUCCAGUGGAGAGCCCACCGGUGUGA